UUUCACUAUUGAAGGUAUAAAUUUUAACUGCUCGUGUACUGUAACCAACAUCAACAUACUUGUCAGCGGCAACUUAUUCGAGUAUAUGUUUGAAAAUAUUUACGCGGUGACUGAAAUGAGACUGUAUAAGCAAAUAAAAUGAGUAGCAUAAACUGUGUCUCUUGUAAAAUUAGUGCUGCUAUCAUGACCUCGCAUAUAUCUAAUAUAAUGGUAUAUCUGGUACAAUUUUUGCCAACCGUGUUGUGCGUCGAAUAUUUGCCACCUUAUCUCGCGCAGUUCAACUGGGACAAGAUGACUGAGAAGAACGAAGGUACCAAACGGUGCCAGUCUGAAAAAGUUCAGGAGGUGUUUACGAUAUCAUUUCACACUGAGGAAUCCCAGCCUGCCUCGGUAAUCGUGCCCGAUGAAUCGGAGUCACCGCGUGACUUUGAAGAGGCCAUUGAAGCUACCGGCUAUGGACUCUAUAAUGUUCUACUACUGUUGGCGGCUCUACCUGGAGCCUGGGCGAAUUUGUUUGACACAACGGCAAUUUCCUACGUUCUUCCGACAGCCGAGUGUGAUCUGGAGAUGACGUUGUUCCAGAAGGGGCUGCUUAAUGCUGCCAUUUAUGCUGGCAUGUUCACCGCGGCAUUUCCAUGGGGAGUUUUAGCCGAUACGAAAGGUCGAAAGACUCUACUUAUGAUUGGCUACUUCGCCGAUUGCAUUUGCAAUGUUCUGAGCAGCAUGUCACAGAGCUUUUACGUUAUACUGGCUUUUAAGUUCUUCAGCGGAUGUAUCAUGAGCGGACCCUUCGCGGUGAAUAUGACAUACCUGGCGGAAUUCCACGGCGUCAAGUAUAGGUCAAAGGUGUUGCUAUGGGCUCGUCUCUUUCCUUCUUUAGGGAGCAUAGUGCUUCCAGGAUUAGCAUGGAUGAUACUGCCUCAGUCUUGGUCAUUCUCGCUGUUUGACGGAGUAUUUGUGUACAAUUCUUGGCGCAUCUUUAUUUUGAUCUGCAGUCUGCCAGCGUUCCUGGGAUUCCUGGCAUUGAUCUUUUUCCCAGAAAGUCCGAGGUUCCUAAUGUCCCAGGGACGAAAUGACGAGGCGAUGAAGGUUUUCAAAAAAAUGUACUCCAUGAAUACUGGAAAACCUCCGGAAACGUUUCCGGUAAAAGAACUUUAUCUAGAGGCUCAGAAGAAACAAGUGGAACGCACUUCAAUUAAAAGUAGCGUGUCUGUUUGGGAAAAGACUCGAAGCGGUUGGAGUCAAAUCAAACCCCUCUUCCACAAGCCGUAUCUCAGCCAGUUUGUCCUGAUGACGACCAUCCAAUUCGGAGGCCUGCUGGGCAUGAAUACAUUGCGUCUUUGGAUGCCUCAGUUGUUCACAUUGAUGGAAAAUUUCAAUUACGAAAAUCGCGAUGCCAGCUUGGGUCCCGCUACUUUGUGCGAAAUGCUAACCUCACCCGAGCCUUUGAACACCACGGAUUCUGACGAGUGGAACUCUACGAUAGUAAACGCCUGCGUUGCGGUACCGAUUCACAGUAGAGUUUACAUAAACUCUAUAAUUAUAGCAGUCACCACCGUGUUAGGUUGCACACUUGCCGGAAGCUUGGUUAAUCUAGUUGGGAAGAAGAAUCUGCUACUGCUGGUUUACGUAGCUCCAGCAGCUUGCAGCUUUUCUUUAAACUGGUCGCCAAAUUCCAAUGUUACGUUAGCAAUUUUCUCGAUCUACCUGAUGUUCACUAGCAUCGCCGUCACUUCUAUCAUUAGUUUUACGGUUGAUUUGAUGCCUACGUCUCUCAGAGCAACUGCUGUGAGUUUGACAAUGUCCAUUGGUCGCAUCGGUUCUAUGAUCGGAAAUCUCCUGUUUCCACUACUUCUGAGUACAGGCUGCAUGGUCCCAUUCAUAUUCGUCGGAGGAUUUCUACUCGUUUGCUUCGUACUCUCUAUAUUCAUCCCAAAACCACCUGAAAAGUUAAUGUGAAAUCUGAAAUAGGAUUUUCGCUUCACAAACACAAGAGAGCUUCAUCUGAUUUCUAUUUCAUCAUUCAUGCGAACGACACUGUCGUUCUCACCGGACAGUAGUGUUAAAUUUAAGUAAGUAUAGCGUAUAAGUGUAUUAUUAACUAGUGAUACAUUUGAAAUUCAUUAUACAGAAGCGGGCGACCAGCACGCCUGGUAGUCAUAGACACUAAAGAUAGAAUUACACCUUAAGACGACUUGUAUUACGUAUUUAUAAAAACCAUAAACACU